GCGGGCAUACCCAGUGGUGGCAAGCCCUCCCUCCCAAGGCACAGUGCUCCCGUCUGCUCCCAACAAACCAUACACUCUAGCCAUGGCCAAGGACUUUAAGGAGAAGCCCCGUGAGGAGAAGGAUGAGGUGUUUGGCCUGCCCGAGCUUAUUAAGUGGAUGAGCCAGGACUGGGCAAAAGACCCCAGGCUCGCCCCAUUAAUGGAGGAGAAGUACCAGCCGUUAUAUAAGUAUGGUGGUGUCGUGCUGCUGAGUCUCUACCUGGUGUUCGGCUACGGUGCUCAGCUCCUCUGCAACAUCAUUGGCUUCGUCUACCCCUCCUACUGCAGCAUCAAGGCACUAGAGUCGGCCAAGAAGGAGGACGACACUCGCUGGCUCACCUACUGGGUUGUGUUUGCACUCUUCUCAGUCACAGAAUUCUUCUCAGACAUCCUUCUCUCUUGGUUCCCCCUGUACUGGCUGGCAAAGUGUCUGUUCCUGGUGUGGUGCUUCAUGCCGGUGACCUGGAAUGGCUCCGACGUGAUCUACACCCGCAUCAUCCGGCCAUUCUUCAUCCGCCACCAGACCAGCAUCGACUCCACCAUGUCCAAGGUCUCGGAGAAGCUUGACAAGUUCGCUGGGGAGGCUACCAAGGUGGCCGCUGAGGCUGUCAAGUCUGAUUAAGGUAUGCUUGGAGCUGCCAGAGGGAGGGACUGUGUUGCUGGCAUCGCUUGCUUUCACUCACACAAACAACAGCCAGCCAGACAGCAAGACAGCCGGCCAGCCAAGCAGCCAGUCAGCCAGCCAGUGUGUACUGUGCUUGUAAGAAGUUUAUGGUAGUUAAUAAUUAUGAUAAUCAAAUGAGGGAUGUAUUCUUGCUGCCACCACUCAUGUGUACAUAGAAAUCAAGCUACCACACACACCUGUACACACACACACACACACACACACACACACACACACACACACACACACACACUCAGUAAUCCUCUGCUUUUUGUUACAAUCUUACUCUGUCUCAGACUUAUAAAAGACACAAAUGCCAAUCUAUCGAGCUUGUAUCCCUGUAGUGUGGCCCUCCACCGGUAAUGAGCACAGCUUGCUUGCCUGCUCUGUGACUCAGUGUUAGAGGAAAUACCCUUUGGCUAGAAGCUGCAGCCUUACAUUAUUAGUAGAUAUUUAAUGAUGUGAUGAUUCAGUCUUGUUCAACAUUUGUCUUCUCUUAUUCGGAGAUGCUGCUUAUCCUCGCCUCAAAGUUGUCUCUCCCAAGGUAAUGACAUGUUGUGGAGAAGUAAAUUUAACUGCCUGUAAAGCCUGGAGGGGCAGCACCAAGGUACAAUGAAAGUACCGACAGCAGCUGUGAUAAUACUUUUUUUGUCAUGUACCAAAUUGGUACUGUUGGUACAUCAUUAACUAUGCUUUGUACCAGUACCAGUACAUUUUGUUUAUCUUUUCACUCAUCAUGUGAUAAAAAACUUUUGAAGGCAACAUAUGUUCAGUAUGGUGGUAUCUUUUUAAAUUUGGAUCAUGUCAACAGACACCUAUAGAGUGCACCCAACACCUCGCUGUAUUUUGCUGUUUGGUGCCAGAAAGUUAGCACGGCGGCCAUGAUGCUGCGCCCCAUUCAGCUCAAACUGACACUUGAACUCCUCACUCCCACCCAGAUUCCUGACACCACCCUUUGAUACAGCUUUUGGCAGGUGCUGGUACCAGUAGUGGCAGUACUUUUUGAGUACUGGGUGUCCACCUCUGCUGAAGAGUAUAUCCAUGUAAAAGUUACUUAGCUUUAAAAAGACUGCAUGAACAAUUGACUUCUACAUGAGUGUCCACUGAAAUUGAUGGAAUAUGUGUACCAGUGUUUAAAUUCCUUCCUUAGCUAAACUAUUCCAUAAGGGAUAAAAGGUUUUGUGCUAUGAGUUAAAUAUUGAACAUGUCAGAAAAAUUCACUCCUAAUGCUGCCAGUUAGAGCACAAAGAGUUGCCAGUUCAGUAGAUUGGUAAAGUAGUUAGUCUAGUCACAUUGAAAGCUACUCUGCUCCUUCCUACACCACCCCCUUGCUCUCUUAGAGGCUUGAUUUUCAGUAACUCAUCAGCCUUGGGCCUCUGUGCCUCCAGUGUUUGUAUAUCAAGGGCCGAGGUCAGCUUUUUCCUUCCUCAGUCUGAUCUUUAGCCCACCAACGCCUCAUUACCUUGUAAAGGCAUUAUUGAGUUAAGUCCUUAGUGUUGGGCCUUUGUGCCUCCAGUGUUUGUAUAUCAAGGACGGAGGAGCUGCUUGAGUCACAGAGUCCAGUGUAUCAUCGCUACCUUUGUGUGUUACUCACUUUGCUGUGCUGCUCUCGAGGCGUCGCAGUGUCUUCCGCCACUGCCGACCAAGACAAGACAACGCCCUCUUUUUCACAUCCUUUUUAUGGGAUAAAUAAACUUUUUCAGGAAGAA